CUUCCUUCUGCAAAGGCAGCCCAACGAUGCCGAGCAUAUUCUCCUACCAGAGCGCCGAAAUCGACUGGUGUGAAGGCAACUUUGAGCACUCGACGGUCAUUGCAGAGUACUACAACACUAUCAGCAAUGUAAGCUUCUUUAUCCUUUCGGCUGCCCUGCUCUACCUGAACCGGCAGUACUGCCAGCAGCGCGCUGUGCCGAUGUACUUCAUCUCUGGUCUGCUCCUCUGUGUAGGUGUCUUCUCCAUGUACUUCCACAUGACUCUGAGCUACGUGGGACAGCUCUUGGAUGAGCUCUCCAUCCUCUGGACGCUGGCUGUGGCAUAUUCCUUUUGGUACCCAAAGGUUUACUUCCCCAGGUGCAUUAAGAGCAGGAAGCAUUUCUUCUGGUUAAGUGGUGUCACCACUGUGGUCAGUACCUUGAUGUCCUUCAUCAAACCAGCCUUCAACGCCUAUGCACUCAACUGCAUCGCCUUCCACCUGCUGUACCUGACAUGGUGUGAGCUGAAAAAGUGCAAUGACAAACGGGUUCACCGGAUGGCUGCAGCCAUGGUCGUGUGGUGGGCACUGGCCAUCACCAGCUGGUUAAGUGACAGGUGGCUUUGCUGGCUCUGGCAGGCGAUCAGCUUCCCCUACUUCCACAGCUUCUGGCACGUGCUGAUAGCUGUGUCCCUCCUCUACUGCUUCCCGCUGGUCAUCUACUUUGACGUCAACUACGAGAUGCCAACAUUCAAACCAAAGCUGGGAUAUUGGCCCAGUGAUUCCUGGCCUGUCGUGGUGCCUUACGUUGCCCUGGAGGAGCCGCACAAGCAGUGCUAGAGCUGGCUGCCUUCAGGUGUCCCACGGGCAUGGGGUGCGUGAUGUACACACAUGCAUCUGCAUGAGGAACACCUCGGCUGUGUGCCUGUUCCUCAGAAAAGGGCAAGGUGGCUAGUGGAUGGGGCAGGGAGCAGCUGAGGCCUCGUGAUGCUGGGCAUGGAGGAGGGUGGGAGUCUUGGAAGUCUUGGAAGACUGCUCAGAGCAACCUCUGGGAUCUCCUCCUCUGGCAGAUACCCCUGAGAAGGGGAGGGAGACAGUGCUUCUUCUGUGUCUUCUGCAUUAGUCAAGCUGUGGCACCCCUUGCUGACAAGGGCACAGCUGAGAAGACAGAAGCCAAACUGGUGACAGAUGGGUUUGUUGGGGCUGCUCUAAUUAUUAUUAUUAAUUUUAUUUAUUGAUGGAUGUGGUUUUGCUCAGGAGAGCUGUGCA